UUCACUUUCACUUUAGCCACUAACAUUUCAAUCAGUCAACCUUCACUUAUAACAUUUGACAUAUGACAGAAUUUCAAUAAGAACCACAAAUAAUCGAUAUAUUGAGUGUCAUUUGUCGAAUAUGGCACCAAAACGACCACUUGACUCGGACAGCUCAGCUACACCAGCAGCAAAGAAGCAUCGUAAAGGUUUUCGAGUGGGACCUGAGAAUUUACCAGAUGGGCCAUGGAAGAGAAAAGUCGACAAAAUAAAGAAGGAUCUCAUUCAUAAGGCAAAAGUCAAAAAGGCGUACAGAAAAAUAAAAGCUGCUGAACAAGCCGCGUCUAAACCUGACGCCACCAAUGCCAUUACCGUCACCGAAGAUUCAAAUGCGGAGGCGAAUGUUGCACCCCCUUCACCGCAACUUCAUCCCGAGAGGCAAGCGAUGAUAGACGAAGAUGAAGAGCAGGAGGAGCCCUCAUCCCCACCUCCGCAAAGAGAAAAUCGCCCACGCCGGCGGAAACAAAAUCCGCGCAAGCCCGGAUAUUUCGACAAAGCUGCGGCAGAUGGUGAGCGCAAAAAGGCUGAGGCGGAAGCACGAGCUCAGGAAAUAGCGAGACGAAAUGCAGAACGAGAACGCAAGAUCGCCGAGCGCGAGAGGUUUAGGAAAGCUCUUACGAAGGCGCGGACUCCAGGUCGAGACGGCCAACGAAAAUUGGGCAGGGAGAGCGGGCUGCUGCUGGAGAAGGUUAAGAAGAUCGUCGGGGAUACAAAGUGAGGGGGAGAUGCUUUUUGGUGGCGACACGACGGCCGUGCUACUGACCAUGGUUAACUAAUUGACCAGGUUGAGCAUUCCACUCCUAGGCGCCAUCUUUUUAAUAAUAACGGCAAGGGAGUUUGAGAUGGUAUUAAAUGAGACCUUCCACACGAAUUCCACGCUCAUCUCUUCUAUAGUUAUUUUGAAAAGGUGAAUCAUGGGGUGGGUUUUACGAAUGAAUGAUGUAAGGGGAUAUCAUAAAUGGUUUCGGUACGCUUUGUCUCACGGUGUCACCAAAUCACAACGCUAAAACUGACAAUUAUAAAAAGUCAUUAAUCAUGCGGAUUUCUC